GCUAAGAGCCUGGCCAGCUACGUAAGUCCCAUGUUGUCGACUAGCUAUCGCCAUGUUGGCCGAACCGCCUUCUUUGUAUUCAUCUGCAUCCCAGUUUCUCGGGUAGACUGAUCCUUGCACUCUCCUUCCGUUCUGUGACAAUCAAAACAAAACAAUCCGAAUCCAACUUCCUGUGCGGGCUGGGCUCUAUCGUACGUGAUUUUCGAGCUGCUGAAGUUGAUAUAAAUACAAGGCAAUCAACACAUCAAAUGCGUCCAUCAAGCACCUCCAUCGAUCCAUCCAUCCUAACAGAUGUCAAUGGCGAGGAGGGUAUUAGCACUAGUUAUAAUACUAGCAAUUUGCACCCUGUGCAUGGUGAGCUGCUUUGACUCUACGUUAUGCGCAGGAAGUGACGACGGCACGGGGAGGUGCAGCCUAGCUCCGCUGCCGUCACCUUUCCUUCAGAAUUCAAUAUUGACUGAUUUUGGGGAAAAUGGUGGCUUCGAAGGCGGCAACACUACGGGUUGCUACUCGAGAUUUUAUGGUGAUCUUCUGGUGCACGCCUCUUUUACUUGCGACGGCGCGCCCAGUGACGAGUGCCGCCAGUGUUUGACGGAUGGCUUUGUCCGCCUGGAAGAUGUGUGCCCAGGCCGAGCCGGAGGGACUGUCCGGCUCGAUGACUGUUGUGUGAGGUACGAGACAGCUUACGACAUCUGCACCUAGCUAGCGAUGGUGGGUCGCAACAUACAUCGCUUUAAAAUAUGUUUUAUCGACAUUUCAAUUAAGUGACGGCACAACUUUUUGUCUCUCACAUUCGAACGACAUUUUUCAAAAUUAUCCUGAUAAAAAUGUCGCUACAAGGGAUUUUUUAUGUAGUGGAGUGACGUCUUAGCGUCUAAUGUGUAUUAAUAAUAAUCUCACGAUAUGAUCCCCAUGAUAUCGUGUAACAACCAAUACCCAAGGUUCGGGUCACACACAUUGAAGUGGUGUGUUCCAAAAGUAACAUAGUGACCCAAACUAGCUAGGUAGUAGAGUCCAUGUUGAGGAUGACUUUCCUGUGCCCCCUUUCCCAAGCAAUCCGUAAGCCUUCGAUUGCCCCUUUCAGCUCUGCUCUUGUGAUCGUACAGACGCCGAGAUUGCAGGUGAAAGCGUCCAGGCAGCGUCCCAGGUGGUCACGAAGAAGACCGCCAGCAGCUGCUCUUCCAGAGGGUUGGAUUACUGAGCCAUCUGUCUCGAGCUGGAUCCAUCAAACAUCAGGUGGUUUCCAUGUAAUGCACGCAUUCUGGUGCUGUCUUGGUGUUUUCCAACAAUGUGUACUACUCCGAUAGAGUAAAGUACUCCAAUCGAGUAAAGUACUCAAUGUGUUGAAGCUACGUUGUGUAUACCAAAGUAACUUUGAAUUCGAACUCGUCUCGAUGUUUGUGAUAUCGUGCUAUAAUUUCCCGCCGCUUAAUAGUUAUGGCUAAUAUAUUACAUUAGCAAAUAAGAAACAGAUAAGAAGAUAGUCGUGUCUCGCGCAGGCCUUUGUUAGUAGAAACUAGAUGAUUUGUGUGCAUUUACUGGAACGGAAUACGAAACUAAGGGGUCGUUUGCUUCAAGGAUUUAAAAAUGAGGGUUUUGUAAUUUAAAAACCCAAGGAUUUAUCAAGGAUUUGAGGCAUCAUGGAUUUGUAACAAUCCUUUGUUUGUUGGGAUGUUUUUAUCAUGGAUUUAAAGGUGUGGGAUUUACUACUUGAAGUCAAAAAUUACAUUACUGCCCUUUUCUAUAUGUUUGACAUGUUUAUGAUAUGUACACAAAACAAUGACAAAACUUCAAAAUUACCUUACUAUCAUUUUCUAUAUGUUUGACAUGUUUAUGAUAUGUACACAAAACAAUGACAAAACUUCAAAAUUACCUUACUAUCAUUUUCUAUAUGUUUGACAUGUUUAUGAUAUGUACACAAAACAAUGACAAUACAUACUAAUAAGCAUAAUGUUGCCACAUGGACAAUAAUAAUAAACGAGAAAAUUCCGUUUUAACUUUUAACGUAACAUAAUCAAUUACCAAUUCUUUGUCCUCCUUUUCAAAAGUAACAUAUAACAACAUAUAUUAGAAUCGAGAGAACAAAGAAUUACACGUUCCAUGAAAAUGUCAAAGAAAACUAGAACACAAGAAAUGAUAUAAAAAAUAUAACUCAAUGUUUGCACAUUAAUUGAACGUUUAUAUUAUUCAUUUAUUGUUAAUUAUAAUGUAUAAUAGUUAAAUUUUAGGGCAACCUUGGAAUAUUAAAAGUGCAUGAGGGUAUAUGGGUAAAAUAUCAUCAAGGAUUUAUGUCAUAUUCCAAAUCCCACAUCAACAUGUGGGAUUUAUAAGUCCGUGGGGUCCACGGAUUUGGACCCUUAAAAUCCGUGGGCCCCACGGAUUUGGUCUCCAAAAAAGGUGCAAGCAAACAACGGAUUGUACCUAAAUCCUUGAUAGUUGGUUUUUUGGUACCAAAUCCAUGUACCAAAUCCUUGAAGCAAACUAACCCUAACAUAAUGCACAUCAUCACUGAAUUCACACAUCUCUCUUGGAAACCCAGCUUCCUCGUGUACUUUUCCAUAAAAACUCUUUGCCUUUCUUUUUGUUCUUAAUAUGAUAAGAAACAUUCACAAGCCGUGAUAACGUGAUACGUACGUAAUCAAGCAACCCGCGAGAUGAAGUCAUUUUGUGACUCUGAAAUAAUGUAAAAAACAGACU